AUGUCAUCUUCAUCGAGCGAUCGCGCCCCGAAGGCAUCUGACUCCGUCGGUGCUGACGGUCAAACCUUUUGCGAAAGCGAUUUUGAGGCGUUCAAGAUAUUUGCGGGAGGUUUGAACCGCAGCACCACUGCGGACACCCUGCGCGAUCACUUCGGCAGAUUCGGUACAGUAGUGCACUCUGAAAUUGUUGCCGACAAGACGACUGGGCGCUCUCGCGGGUUCGGUUUCGUGACUUUCAGCAAUGAUGCUGCCAUGAAGGCGGUGCUUGCGACUAGCCACAAAAUCGACAACGUGCUAGUCGACGUGAAGCAGGCAAUAAAGAAGGAACGAGCACGAGAUUUGGUCCCCAUUAGAGAAGACGUGAACAGGAUUUUCGUAGGCGGGAUAUCAGACAGCGUUAGUGAGGAGGAGUUCAAGGACUACUUCGCCAGGUACGGCACGGUUGUGAGCUACAACUUCAUCGUCGACAAGACGACUAACAAGCCGCGUGGCUUCGGUUUUAUCAUUUACGACAACCCUGGAGACGUGGAUAAGGCCAUCGGCCACCACACCAAGCUCGGGCGCAACUGCGAAGCUAAGAAGGCGCAACCACGUCCUACGCUAAGCAAGGGCGCGUCCACUCCCAACCCGGAAAACUUCGACUACGCAGCGUACUACUAUGCACAAGCCAAUAUGAUGUACAACCCAUAUUUCGCCCAAAUGUACGCCAAUGGCCAGAUGCCGUUUUUUAAUGCGAUGUACCCGUACAACUGGCAAGGAGGCGAGAACGGUACAGAGGGAGCGCCGGACGGCCGCAUGGCCGGAGAGGAGGAAGGGCGGAGUAGCCGCGAAAAGCGGUACCACAAAUCCUCUGACCAUUACUCCAGCGGGCCGUCCCGCGGCAGCCACAGGAAGUCGUCGCGCGCUGAGCCAUAUUAG